UCUUCAGGUGUACUAGAAGUUUUUCCCACGAUCGAAAGAAAAAUUCUUUAACAUUAAAAGGAACAAUCAAAAUGUUUGUCGUGUGCUUUUGAAAUUAUUUAACAAGUGAUAAAGUUCGAAUAGCUACAUGUCAGUCACGGAUAGUAUAUCGCUAGUCGAUCUUUUAAAUCAUUACCAAUGACCUGCCGUAUCAAGAAGAUACAGCCGGUGAUUAAGUGAAACAUAUGUGAUCUUUUCAAUAGAAAAAAAAUAUAAUAUUGAUAAUAAUUUCUUUAAAUGAGCCUUUAUUUUGUGACAUUGUGUGGUUUUCAAUCAAUAUACCGAUGUAUUUCUGAAAAAAUCAUUGGAUACCGCCUUGUGUGCUAAUUCAAUAUAAUUACAACUGGAUAUGUCCGAGUCGUGCAGUCGCGCGAACAACGCGUGCCAAGAAAAAUCUAUACUUAGGUUUGGAUUACUAUAAAUACUACGAUUUUACUACGAGAUCUUGAUUGUAGUAAAUAUGUGAAACUUUUUAUAAAAAUUCUACAAAUAUGUGUAACACAUGGUGAUAGUAGAUAAAACGUUACUGGGACAAUUGUAAAAAGAGUUUUGUUGUUGGACACAACCUAAAAUGAUGACAGAUUUAAUUAUAAAAAUAUAUUUUCAACAGAUAGAUACAAGGUAAUGAUUGACGAGGAAAAAUGUUGUUUAAUUAUUGCAUAAAACCAUAUACUUAAUGGAAGUGAGAUACGGAAACUUCAAACGGACAGGCUUUCCAACAGCAUUAGUUUGUAGGAAUGGUUUUCGAAGAUUUUUGUGGAUAUGUGCUUGUAUUACAUCAGAGUGUAACUUUGCUAACAGUUUUAAUGGUUUGUAGAACAAAUACAUGUAUGCAAUCCAUUUAUAAGUUUAGAAAAUAUGUUCCUCUUCUAUUUGAACAUUUUGCUUGUUAUUUUAGAAUUUGUACAAGGAUCGGGCUAUUUUGAAAUACAAAUAAUAACAAUUCACAACCCCCGCGGGGAAGUGAUGGAGGGUGAGUGUUGUGACGGGGACAGAGACGGGAACAAUAGGUGCGUUAAGCAAUGUAACACAAUGUUUCGUGUGUGUUUAAAGGAAUACCAGAGUGUUAUAACUUUUGAUGGAAAAUGUACUUUUGGAAAUAUUACGAGUUCUGUAUUUGGCGGGAACUCAUUCACAUAUCCGAUAGGGAGUAACAAUAGCAGGCUAAAGCUACAUUUCGAGUUUGCUUGGACGUUGACUUACAGUCUAACAUUAGAAGCCUGGGAUCAAGACACGCGUUCAGAUGAUGGUCGGAUUAUCGAACGUGCAUCUUACUCGGGUAUAUUACUACCAGGACCAGACUGGUACACACGGACACACAAUGGACCUACAGCUAGUCUUAUCUAUAGAAUACGGGUGGUUUGUGAUAUACAUUAUUAUAAUACAACGUGUACAAAAUUCUGUCGACCACGAAAUGAUACAUUUGGACAUUAUAAGUGUGAUUCUCAUGGUGACAAAGUGUGUAUGGAGGGCUGGAUGGGAUCGGAAUGUGAUAAAGCUAUAUGUAAAACAGGUUGCAGUCACGGAUCCUGCGACACUCCUGGAGAAUGCAGGUGUGCCUAUGGGUGGCAAGGUGAACUUUGUGACCAAUGUAUUCCAUAUCCCGGAUGUAAGCACGGGUCAUGUAACGGAUCACCAUGGCAAUGCUUUUGUGAUUUAAACUGGGGUGGAACUUUAUGUGAUCAAGACCUGAAUUUCUGUGGUCGUCACCAUCCUUGUACAAAUGGCGGAAUUUGUUUGAAUUCUGCACCAAAUCAGUAUGAUUGUAAAUGUCCGCCUGGUUAUUCAGGCAAUAACUGUCAAAGAACGGAUUUGGCGUGUACUUCUAGUCCUUGUUUAAAUGAAGCUACAUGUGAGAAUGAAAACGGCGGAUUUAGAUGUCAUUGUCUUCCUGGCUGGUCCGGAAGUUUAUGUGAAGAAAAUAUAAAUGAAUGCCAAUCUAAUCCUUGUUUACAUGAAGGCACGUGUGUUGAUGACGUCAACGAAUAUCACUGCCAGUGUAUAUCAGACUGGCAAGGUCCUCAAUGUCAACUGAGCAAGACUGAGUGUAGUGGAAGUCCAUGUGUAAAUGCUCAUACUUGUGAGGAUAUGCUUGGAGAUUAUAUAUGUCAUUGUUUGAAAGGCUGGAAAGGCAAAAACUGUGAUAUAAAUAUCAACGAUUGUCAAUAUCAGUGUCAAAAUGGUGGACGAUGCAUCGAUCUUGUUGCAGAUUACCAUUGUUCAUGUAUUUCCGGUUAUACAGGACGUAACUGUGAAAGUGAAAUAAUGGAAUGUAACAGCAACCCGUGUAAAAAUAGAGCAAAAUGUCAUGACCAAAUAGCUGGCUAUAGUUGUGAAUGUGUUCUUGGUUACUCGGGCUUUAACUGUGAGAUUGACAUUGACCCAUGCUUUCCCAAUCCAUGCAGAAAUGGUGCUAGUUGUUUUAACGUUCAGGAUGACUUUUACUGUCAUUGUACUAAAGACAGGAAAGGGAGAUUUUGUGAUGAAAUCAAAACAACAUGUGAUUCGGAUACAUGUCAAGUGAUUGACAGCUGUACAAUAGCUUUACCGAAUAACAAUUCCAUAGGAGGAGUGCAACUGAUCUCAUCAAAUGUUUGUGGAAAGCACGGGAUCUGUAUAAGUAGACCUGGCGGCCAGUACAGCUGUGUUUGUGAUACAGGAUUUUCUGGAGCAUAUUGCCAUGAAAAUAUCAACGACUGUCUCAGUAAUCCCUGUCAGAAUUCUGGCACUUGUGUAGAUAUGGUAAACUCAUUUCAAUGUAUAUGUAAAGAGGGAUACGAAGGCCUACUGUGUAACAACAAUAAAAAUGACUGUUAUCCUAAUCCAUGUAGAAAUAGAGGAUCGUGCUUUGAUCUGGUAGCUGACUUCAUUUGCCAAUGUCCAAACAAUUGGAAAGGGAAGACAUGUGCCCUGAGGGACUCACAUUGUGAUAAUUCCACAUGUCUUAACAAAGGGAAAUGUAUUGACUUGGAAACAACUUUUACCUGCCAGUGUCCAGAUAAUUAUGAAGGAAGCACUUGUCAAAUUCGAUCAGUCAAUGCAUGUGAUAAUUCACCAUGUAGAAACCAUGGAACAUGUGUUAACAGUGGAGAUACUUUUACUUGUUUAUGUAAAGAAGGAUUCGAAGGAUCUAUGUGUGAAAUCAACAUUAACGAUUGCAAUCCAUUUCCAUGCUAUAAUGGUGGCCGAUGUAUUGAUGGAGAAAACUGGUAUAUUUGUGAGUGUGCAAAUGGCUUUGCCGGACCAGACUGUAGAGUCAACAUAAAUGAAUGCAUAUCGGAUCCAUGUACAUUUGGCAGUACAUGUGUUGAUGGUAUAGGAUCUUUUAAAUGUAUAUGUCCACCUGGUAGGACUGGAACAUUAUGUGAGGAGGUGGCGGGAAAACAGCCCUCACCAUUGUCUUGUCUGUUUAACAGACGCACAUAUCCUGAUAAAUCAAAAUGGGAGCAUGAAUGUAAUUCUUGUAGCUGCGAAAACGGUGUAGUUACUUGUAGCCAGAUUUGGUGUGGACCAUCGAAUUGUCUCAAUAAUUCUAGAUACGUAGGAAAUGUUUUAGAAUGUUCUGAAGGUCAGACCUGUGUUAUACAAACAGAUACAAUAUGUUUUACUCCGCCGUGUGUUCCUUGGGGUCACUGUGAAGACCUCAUGGAAAACAAAGACACCAUUCCUUAUCGCGUGGAUUCAAAUUGUGAAUCGAACAGUCCUCAACUAUCUAAUAAUUGUGCCAAGAUUUCUUUGAUAUUUGACAAAUCAAAAACGCCAGCGGGAGUAUCUGUAGAAACAAUUUGUAAUACAAUUCGGAGGUUACCUGUGCUUAAGACAUUGUCUAAUGACCAACAUGUAUAUGUUGUUUGUAAUUUACAUAAAGUGCGUCUUAAUGCAGUAGAUAUAUUAUUGUCAGUGGAAGCUACCAAGUCAAACAAUCAGAUAGAUGCCACACUUAAAACAGCUAUCGACAACAUAACACAAGUCAUUAGUCAUAAGCAGACAGGAAGUAGUGCUCUGGCAGCAGUAGUUGAAGUAGAGGUGUUGAUGACAGUGUCUGACAACACACUCACUAUGGAAUCCGUUUACCUCAUUCCAGUUAUUUGUUCAGCGAUUGGACUUCUUGGUAUUGUGAUAAUUGCUCUAUUAGUUGUGUUUCAUGUACGACAAAAGAGACGAUUUGAGAGAUCAAAAGCACAUGCUGAGUAUAUUGAACAAAGAACAAACAACGAAAACAAAGAAAAUUUAAGACGAUAUAAAAAUCCAUUAUUCUCAGAAACUAAUAAAGGUGCUGAACACAAGAAAACGAAGUUAGAAAAGGAGUUAGAUAAAAUUGAAAAAAGUCCCAUGCAAAUCAUAUCAAAGUCCGAUUCCAUUAACGAAUCAUCAACAGUGUCUCCCCCUAAGACAAAGGUCAAGGACAUUAACAUAGAACUUUCAAAGUCAAGGGCGAAAGCAGCGGAAAGACAAAAGGAGCUAAUUGAAAUUUCAAAGACAGUGGGAGUUGAUAUUGAAAGCGAAGUUAUGGUUUAGUUUUGUACUCUGUAUACAUGUAUUAAGGUCUUGAAGUAAUGUUUGCCUUGCUUAGUUUUUGAUUUUGUUUUAAAAAGAAGAAAUGAAUGAAUUGAGUUUUAUAUUUGUUGUAAAAUGAGAGUUUAUGAUACACUAAUACUAUGGACUCAUUGAUGUACCUCUGAUAUUUGGUAGACAGAACUAUGCAUGAAUGACAUGCACAAGGCCUGCAUUUUACUUUCUAUAACUACAAAUGUAUUUCAUUUUAUCUCCUUUUCCCUAACAUUCUUGCAUACGAGAUCAUCAAACUACUAUUAAUAGAAGGUUCAUACUUUAGUCCAUGAUGUUGCGAUCCUGAUUUAGUUCUGGAACUUAUCGUAAAUGAAUUUCACAUCUCAAUCGACAAUUGAUUUGUAAUCCUUUUUAAGACAAAAAGUGAAUUAAACUAUUUCUUUUUACUAUCAAACAUCAGAUUAUUGACUGAAUUUUGUAUUUGACAUACAUGCACUAUUACCAACCGAAGAAAUUACUGUAUUACUUGUGGGUAUUUAUUGAGAAAUAAUAUUCAUACCCAAGAAAAUCGUGCUAUUAAUUGCCACUUUUAUAUAUUUACGUGUGGUUUUUCCAGAUAAAGAAAGCAUUUCAAUGAAACAUGGAAAGAAUUGUCACAAGACUCCUAAAGUGUAGGACUGUUAAUGUUAAAAAUAAUGACAAUAAGAAUGAUGUCUGUUGUUAUUAAAUUGCAGCUAUGCUAUAUUUAGAGUAUUUGAAUGUUUUUCUGUAAGAGAAGCUAGGCUAUAGAGGUCUUAUUGCUGCUUGUUAAAAAUAUAAAUAACAAUAUGGUUGUCAUUUUAUCCAUUAAUGUUGUGGUAAAAUCACGUUUUCGUGAUUUGUAUGAAUUUCAUCCCCUUAUGCAUGACCAUGCAACGUUUUUAUGCUUUUUAAUCAAUAGCAGAGAAUUUCCAGGAAUUUAUUUGGCGUUUAAUGAAAAAAUUUAAUACAAAACUCUAAUAACAUUUGAUAAAAUAGGUUGUAACUUUUUACAUUCAAAUAAAAUCAACUGUUAUUAUACAUCCAAUUGAUUUUAAGAACUUCGUUUUACAACUUAUUUCAGGGUGUACCUAAGAUUUUGUUUUUCUUGUUCACAGUCUUUGUGACGACGUUACUUAUGAGACGCUGUACACAAAAAGAGUAUAAAACUAUUUAUUUGAUGACUUGUGUUGAGAAAUUUCAGAAUUUUUUUAUCUGGUGGCCUCAUUUAGGUUAUCUCUCAAAACAUAUGUUUUGAUCCUAAUGUCUUAACAAUACAGUGGAGACAUAAACACACCAUUUUUUUCAAGUUUUCAAUUCUUCUUUGCACAAAAAGUACUACAGUAUAGUUUAAAGAUUUGAAUCAAAGCUUCCUUUUAAUUUUAAUUAAAGACAAAAUUUUCCUCUCUAGUUAUAUAUGAUUGGUAAUAAUAUUGUAGUUUUGUUUUUUUACAUAAACUUUGGCAUAUUAUAGUGUUUAGAAGAAAUUGAUGUUCCACUUUAUAAAAACAAUCCUAAUUUAAUAAAUUCUAACUUUCAUUUCAUAUUUUUACAACUUCAAACAGAUCAGAUUUGCUGGUCUGAUGGUGUUGGACUCUAAAUCAAUGGUCGAAGUAACGUUCAUAGGUGUAUCAUUCACUCAUUAAUAAAUUGUAACUCCCUUUCAACGUAUGCGUAUACAACAAAAAAUAUUAAAAAAAAUAAAUCAAUUGUUAUAAAUUCCUAUUAAAUUUUCAUUAAUAUGCUCAAUAGUUUUAUUUUAUCAAUACAAAAUAUGUUCCAUCCAAUUAUAAAAAGGCAGCAUGUAUAAACAUCAUAUUUAGAAAUCAUUUUGACUUGAUCUAUAUUUAUAGAACACAAUCAUCAUAUCAGAGCAUCAUCAUUCUAAUAAAUCAGUAUAAUCAAAAAAAGAAUUAAUAAGGGCGACAGUAGCUUUAAUUAUUAUUCAAAACCUCUGCAUGGAUUUAAAACUUCAGCCGUAUAUAGAUAGGUAUCCGAAUAUUUCUUAAGAUAUUAGAAAACUAUUUGAUAUAAAUAGAACUAAUGUUUUCCAUUUAAUUACAAACAUUUACCACUUUUUAUGUAUACAAAUGGGCUAUUCCAGGAUUUC